GAUAUAUUCCUCCAUGAUUAAUUUCUUCUUUCUUACUUAGCUUGAAAGUUUUCUCGACUUCACUCCAAAAUCCACUGAAUUGCUCAAACUGAAUACACAACGCAUCAGUAUCAUGGGUGGUGGUUCCAUUCUUUCUUUUAAUGGUAUACAUGAAGAUUUUCCCUUUCCCAGGGAUGAUAUUCUAGGCUUGGAGGAUGAAGACAAUAGAGGGAAUGAGAAUAAUGGAUUGGAUUUUCGACAAGUUAGUGUGGAAAAUGCAAAGACUUCUUCUUGUGCUGAUUCUGUAGUCAGUGAGAGGAAGAAGGGAACUGGUAUUGAUCAGGAAAUAUUGCAAAGUUUCAAUGAAUUGAAGAUUGAUAAUGAGAGUUUGAAAAAGGGGAAGAAGAAAAUAUUGAGAUAUAGGCCUGGAACAUGGAUUUGGAAGGCUAGGGGCUUAAAGGUGUGUGAUUAUGAUGUACCAGAGACAACAUGCCUCAUAUUAGUUGGUCCAAGUCAAUCUGGGAAAAGUAGUCUCAUAAAUAGAAUCUCCAAGGUGUUCGACGACGACAUGUUCGCACCCGCAAGAGCACAAGUAUCAUAUAACUCACUAGGGAAUGGAACAUGCUUCCUCCAUGAGUAUAUGAUUCCAAGAAACUCAAACUCUAUCUGUCUGUAUGAUACACGUAGUUUGUCAGAUAAUUCUCAUGAGAACAACCAAAUGCUGAAGAAUUGGAUGACAAAAGGUGUUCGUCAUGGAGAGUUUGUUCUCAGGACUACAGAUGAUCCGAGACUGAGUGAAAGUUUGAAGUGGUUUAAAGGAGACAAAAAAGGUUCCGUUUCCGAUAAGAGUAGAAAAGUUAAUUAUGUAAUAUAUGUCCUCGAUGGUCUUUCGAUUCUGAAUACGAUGAAGACUGGUGGUGGUGGUUGGGAGACACCGUAUAUUAAAAUGGUAGUUUCUAGUUUCAAUUGCCCAUUCCUGUCAUUUAAAGAUGACAAACCUGUGCUUGUUUUUACUCACGGGGAUCUCCUAUCUCUCUCUGACCGUGCUCGUGUUCGAGUAUAUUUGGGGGGUCUAUUGGGAAUUCCACCAACAACACAAAUUUUUGACAUCCCAGACUGUGAUGGCCCGGAGACUGAAACUGCCAUAGUUGGAAUGUUAAGACAUACUCUUGAGCACGCUGAUAGAAAUUUUCCUCAAAAACCCAAUGUUAUGAAUAAGGUUUUAAAAAUAUUUGCAUUUCUAUUCAUGAUUUUGCUAAUACUAGGAAUAGAAAUUGCUGUUGGCUCGGCACAAAAUAAGUUCAUGCACCAGUGCCAUGCCCCUCAACAGCAAGGACCUCAACCGCAAGCUUGUAGUAGCGAAGUUCAUGAGAUGGAUCCAAAUCUGAAAGUUCCUAAAAAGAAACCCAAGAUUAAGCGUCCAAAACAGAAAGUUUCUGAUAAGGAACCCAAGAUAGAGUGGCAUAAAAUUCGGCACAUAUGGUAACUAUGAAUAUUACUGAUAUGGCUUGUAUUGUAAAUAAAACUUUGUUAUGGAGUAUUUGGCUAUCAUUGAAUUGGAAACACUAAGCAUGUGUGAUCUGGUAUAGUCCAAGUGUGGAUUGUUUGUAAUGUAGUGGUUUAGUAGCUUAUCGUGUAAUCAGUUCAAUAUCUGUCAACAACCUCUAUAGUUAGUGCAGACAUAAUUAAUCACAUGGAAUAUAAUCAAUUACAUAUUUUAGAUUGUAACUAACCUCUAUAGCACCAAAACCUCUGAAAAUAUGUUUGACGAACAUUUGACACUUACCGACACCUCUGAAAAUACGUGUGCGACAAACAUCUGACACGUGUGAUUACGUUUAAUUUACUCAUAUUUUCAAAUUAUUAACGAUGUCAACGAAUUAGUGUGAGUGUCGUAUUUCCUUGUGUCCGUACUUCAUUGGUAGUAACCAUACAUUGAUUUUGAAAUUAGAUUUCAAAUGUCUAAAUAGCAUUUCUCUUUACUUAAAGACACUCUCUUUAGUGAAAUCCAUAUGAUUUUUCUUGCCAAG